CAAUUGGACUCCAAAAUGCGUGAAUACAGCUAUCAAACAGGGAAAACACACAUUUUUACCGUAGUCGAUUAUGUUCUAUUUGUUGCAAUUCUUAUUGUAUCUGCGGGCAUUGGAAUCUUCUAUGCCAUUAAGGACCGUAGAAAGCAAACGACAAAAGAAUACCUGUUGGCUGGCGGGAACAUGCACGUAAUUCCCGUGGCCUUGUCCCUGCUAGCAAGUUUUAUGAGUGCCAUCACUAUUUUGGGGACACCGAGUGAGAUGUACAGCUACGGAACGAUGUAUCUCUGGAUUGCAGUGUCUUAUAUUUUUGCCGUCUUCUUUGCUGCCCACAUCUAUAUACCCGUCUUCUACAGACUUGGUGUCACCAGUUCAUAUGAGUAUCUGGAAUUGCGGUUUGGAUCUGUUGCAAGAAUAGCAGGAGCCAUUACAUACAUUACUCAAAUGACUAUCUAUAUGGCAUGUGUGCUGUACGCACCAUCUCUUGCUCUUAAUGCUGUGACUGGUUUCACCUUAUGGGGUUCAAUCUGGGGUGUUGGUCUAGUAUGCACCUUUUACACUGCUCUGGGAGGUAUGAAGGCCGUUCUAUGGACAGACAGUUUCCAGGUGAUCAUGAUGAUUGUUGGUCUAGUGGCUAUCAUUAUCCAGGGAAGUAUUGAAGUCGGCGGAUUUGCACACGCUUGGGAGAUAUCAGCCGCCAGUGGCCGCAUCUACUUCACAGAUUUCAGUCCUGAUCCAUCUGUACGUCACAGCGUCUGGUCACUAGUAAUAGGUGGUGCAUUUCUUUGGACAUAUAUUUAUGGCACGAAUCAGGCCCAGGUACAGAGAGCGGUUACAUGUCCCACAUUGAAGAAAGCUCAGAUAGCCAUGUGGAUCAAUAUGCCUGGUCUUGUUGUUAUGCUGAUUCUUUCAGCCAUGACAGGCAUUCUGGCUUAUGCAUUUUAUGAACACUGUGACCCCAAAAGCUUUGGCCUGAUAUCUGCUGGUGAUCAGCUGCUGCCACUAUUUGUAAUGGAUGUUUUGGGACAUGUCAAAGGAAUUCCAGGCCUGUUUGUGGCUUGCCUUUUUAGUGGUGCCCUUAGUACCAUUUCAUCUGGCCUUAAUUCUAUAUCAGCUGUGGUGCUCCAAGAUGUUGUGAGAAAAAUAUUUUUUCCUAACAUGACAGAGAGAACAGCAACGAUAACCUCAAAAUGUUUAGGUAUAGCUUUUGGCUUGGCAUGCAUUGGACUGACGUAUAUAGCGUCUCUACUUGGGGGAAUUUUACAGGCAGCACUGGCUUUAUAUGGAAUGAUAGGUGGACCAAUCCUAGGUAUUUUUACACUUGGAAUGCUGUUUCCUUGGGCCAACCAAUGGGGAGCUGUUGCUGGUUUGGUAAGCAGCCUUGUUCUGAUGUUCUGGAUUGGGGUCGGCUUCCAGAUUAAGAAACCAGUUAUUGUAGUGUUAUCAUCAUUCAGUGUGCGACACUGUAACUGGAACCUCACAUCUCCAACAACCAUCACAUCAGAAGUAAACAGGACUUCAAUGGCAGUCACAACAACCAUCAUGACAAAACUAUUAAAUGGAAGCAUUUCUAAUGCAGAUCAUGAUAAAAGCUUGGUCACAGAACUAUAUACACUAUCCUACAUGUGGUACACAGCUACCGCUGUAUUAACCGUUGUUGUUGUUGGACUCAUAGUGAGCUUUAUUACAGGUCACAAUACACCUUCUAAUUCAGACCCACAUCUGUUUUGCCCUAUAUUUGAUGUCAUAUUCCCAUGGUUGCCAGAAAAGAUCCUGAAACCUCUCCGUUUUGGUGUGGAUUACAGUAAGUUGAGGAGGACAGAUCGGAACCUAAAACAACACGAAGAUGUGACUGAGGCUAACAAUGAUAAAGUCAAUCUGGCAACAACACCAAAAACCUAUUUUGGUGAAAACAAAGAAUAUGACACAGCUGAGACAGACACCAGUGGGAUAUCUGAAAAUGAACAAACUAAAACUAAACCAUCGACUAUGAUGAACCAAAGUUUCAGCAUGGAAUCUAUGGAUCUGAACAAAGAGAUGGAAUCAACACAUUUGUGAGGAGCAAGCUCAACUAGUAGUAGAGCGGCGAGUGCCACUUUUUGUUUUGUUGAUUUAAUGACCCCAAAAAUCAUACAGCUAUAUUAUAGCUACGUUGGACCUCAUUUUUCACAAAACACAUUCAUUUGAAAGGUUAUUAUGUCUAGUUUAUCAUAGGCCCCGAUGUGGUGGCCAAAUAUAGUCACGUUUUUGGCCACAUUUCCAAAUAAAUAGUUAUAUCUCCUUUUUUUCCCCUUUUAAAAAUGAUGGUAAAUAAUAUUUUAAUUCCAAUAAUCAUGAAACAUAUAUUCGCGGUGUUUUUAACUUUUUUUAUUAACAUAGUCAUGACAUUUUGUUUUUACCAUAAAAAAAUUCUGAUCUUUUCUCAUUUUCUUUUCUGAAAUUGGAUCCUAAACGUCAUGUGGUUACAUUGUAGUUCAUGUAAAACGUUUUACAUCUACUUUAUUAUAAACGCUGGUGUUGUGGCCAAAAGUGGUCAUAAUUUUGGGAAUAUCGGGUCACGUUACACAAUAUGUUUUUGUUAAAAUACAUAAUUCAAAUAUUUUAGUGGGACUGAUAUAGCUUUAAAUGUUGUAACAAUUGUAGAGUACUAGGUUAGUUACACAAGCUAAAAUAAAAUGUAGAUGUAACUUGAAAAAUAAAAAAUAAAAAUAAUAAAGUUGAGCACCGAUGA